AGGAGGUCACAGCGAGUCCCGCAGCGCCCUUUGCUUGUUGGCGCAUGCAGCAGUGAGCUGCCUAGUGAUUGGAUGCCACGCCCGCCGCUCACAAGUCUUGGCCCCGCCCCCGGGCCCUCUCUGUGUGUGUGUGUCAGUAGCGCUUCCCCUGACUCGGAGAGUCGCUCGCUCUGUAUCGGGACAAGGUCGACGGGAUAGAAAAUGGGCACCAGGGACGACGAGUAUGACUACCUGUUUAAAGGUGAGGAGGUUUGUCACGGGACGCGAGCGCCGUGGAGGGGCGGGGAGCUCUCCCUCCUGGGCCCUCAGUAGCUCACAGCUUCCUGCUCCUGGGAUGUCACCUGAGGGAAACACAGUGACAUGGACAGACCUGGCCUGGGCUGCGCUGGCAGCACACAUAGCUCCCCAGGGUGUUUAUAUCUCGAAUGGCUGUGUUCUAAACACAAGGGCUCCAGCGAGAUAGAGUGCAACACAGCUCAUCAGCUGUAAAGGGGGGCUGGGGGGUGGUAUGUAUCAGCUGGGGGCUUUCCAUUCCUGGGCUAUGGUCAGCACAUAAUUGGCUCACAUUGGGCUUCUCAGAUAUUCUUCACUGUAGUUCCUCAAGUUACAGGGGUCCUCAAACUCCAGCUCCCUCCCCCACCCCCCCCAGAUGUUGCUGAACUACAACUCCCAUGAUUCUCUGGCUAUCUAUGUAAUUCAAAGCAUCAUGGGAGUUGUAGUUCAGCAACAUCUGGGGGGGGGCGGAGUUUGAGGACCCCUGCGUCUAGUACUUGGCAGUCAUGCUGUGCUUUAUGGGGAUUGUAGUCUGCAACAUUUGAAGUGCCAAAAGAUGAGCUGUCACUUUAAAAAAUAAUUUUUAUAUAUAUAUAUAUAUAUAUAUAUAUAUAUAUAUAUAUAUAUAUAAUAUGAUACUAAGGUGCUUCAAUCUUUUUUGUUACAUAAGAUAUUUUACAUAGGUGGCGCACACCAAAGUGUAAAGCAAUCCUUUAUGUCUUAAGUUACGUAUACUUUUAAACAUUUUCAUAUUUGAUGUGGUCAUUAAAAGGGUCAGUCUGAGCACAGUAACUAUAUUUUGCAUGGAAGUAAAGUUUUAUAGUGCAGAGAGUAGCCAGCACAGUUUCAGCUCUCAGAGUGACUGAUUACUGCAGUAAUUUGUAAUGAUCACUGCAGCUAUACCAUAGUACCUCAGAGCUGUCAGUCAGUAGCCAGUCAGUAACUCUUAGGUCAGGGCAUUGUUUGUUAAAUUUGCACACUGUAUGCACAAUUUGAACUGUGCACGCAGAGUGAGCUCUUUCCUUCCUGGACACAGAGCCAAAUAGCUUCGGAGUGCUGCACACAUCCUGGUUUGUAACUUUGAACUGGCCUAGCUGCUGUAGUAUUGCUGAAAUCCAUUUUAUAGAGCAGUUCUAUUAAUGUUAUACCACUUAACUUAUACACGCCAUAGACCAGAAAGAAAGUAUUAUUAUAGUUGGGUCCUCUUCCUUCUGAAAAAGGGUCUGCCUCUUUCGGACACUUGUUCCAAUUAGUAGUAUUUCAAAGGUAAAUAAUUUUUAUUUUAUUUAUUGCACAUUAUUUUUAAUAUGCUAUAUAAUGCAUUAAUACUACAUGGCUAUUUGUGUCAGUACUUUACUUUUAAUUUGACUCACCCCAAAAUAAAGAAAAUAACUAAAUUUAUUUUCAAGCUAGUUUUAUGAAUAGGGAGUCACUGAUCAGCUGACCGUUCUCGGCCAAUCAGCGGUGACCCUGCGUGGUGGCACUCUGCACUUCCUGAAACUAAGAUUCAGAAGCUGGAUGCUGCUUGGUGGACGUGAGGAUCUGCGAGAACGGUUGAACCCCUAAAGAUAAGGGUGUGCCUAAGGCCUUCUUGCACCUUAACUUAAUUUAGAUGAAGUUGUUAUGGUGCUUAAACUUUGUAUCUGCAGCUCUUCAUAGUUUAAUGCUGUUCAUGUAGACUACAGGCACCAGGACUACUUGUAAUAAGUGAAGUGGUCAUGGUGCUUGGAGUUAACUUUUUUAAGGGUCACUCUAUACACUCUUAAGCAUACCUAACUAUAUUGCAAACUGUUAGUCUCUCUCCCUGUGACUUAAAAGUGUAGCAGUUUUCUCUGCAACUAAAAUAUUGACCCCCGUGGAUCCAUAACAGCAAAAUCGCAAUCUAUCUGGAGAUUGCCAAGACACUACCCUGCCCUUGGUCUUCUUUGAUAGUAGCUAUAGUAUGGCUGUCAGCAUAUUCAAAAGUUCCACAAUGAUAAUUGGAAAUGGUCUUAAUUACAUAUAAAACACCGCUGAUGGACAAGAGUAUAUGGACCAGAAUAUAAGGAUCCUGAUGAGGGAAACCUCAUCCUGUUGUAUGACUCUUCUUGGAAAAGUAUUCAAUAGCAAAAAUGUUUGUGACAUUAUUUUCUGUUGCAUGACAUUCAUACUGUGGUGUUGAUAUGCAGUUUCUGAGUAAAGCAUUGUGGCAAUGCCUAGAGUUUAUCACAAACUUUAUGUAUCUUCUGAUGUGGCCUUUGAUCAGUUUUGUGAUAACAAAUUUAAAGGCAUAAUAAUCUGUUGCCUCUUGUCUGCCAUUAUGUCAAACUACUUGUUACACUUGCAGAUUAUUGACCUUGGUUGUUUACAGCACUCUAUUAUACCUUUAGAAAGCUUGUUCGUAUACCUACAUUUCUAAUUGCCUUUUUGUGUUUUUGUUUUGAAUUCAAAAUAUUCUGGAACCAUCAUAAUUGACUGUACACAAAUAUUUAUCUAUUAAAGAAAAACACUCCAACCACUGCAACCACUACAGGUAUUCCUUGGUGCCAUUCCUCCGUAAGAGUUCAAAAAAGUUACAGUAAAAUAAACUGACAAUUUAGCUGCCUCCCACGGCCAGAUCGAUUACCGCAACCAGUUCAAUGUUUUCCCAUAAGAGGCUAGAGUGUAUGUAUGGCAAAAUUCUGUAAUUUGCCAAUCAGAUGGUGUCUGUGAGGCAUUCUGAUAGAAAUAUCAGUUUCACUUGUCUGCUCCUGCAUAAAUGCCUCUAGUGACUUGUCUGGGUGACAGCCACUAGAGACAUUUAAUAACCCUGCAAAGAAAACCUUGCCAUUCACGCAGAAUGGCAGUGUUUUUACUUACAAGGUUAAAAGGGGGUGGGGGUGAACCUGACAGUGACCGAACAUCCUGGACAAAUAGCUCUCACACCCUAUACUCCCAUCCUCAUUACAAACCAAGAUAGGAAAAUGGGAAGGGGGGUUGUACCAAGUGUACAUCGGUGGGGGCUCUGAAAUGGCAUCUCACACUAAGCGUUAAUGUUGAGUGAUGGCUGAGACCCAUGGGGAAAAAAAGGUGAGAGGCAUACAUAAUACGCACGAAAGUGGGUGGGACUGAGAGAGAGAGAGAGAGAGAACAGACCGAAGUUAAGUCCAAGGUAUAUGUUAAAAUACACAUAAAUGAAGAUAAAUAGAAAUCAGUUAAGCAACAGAGAUAAAGUGGACUUGCAAAGUGAUAGUUUUAUGCAUAAAGUGAGAAAAAUCUGAGAGAUUUAUUAAAAGAGAGGAGAGACUCAGACGAUGGGAAAACCAACUGGGCCAGGGCAAAUAAUGACUUUUGUUAAUGACUUUCCAAGCGCCAAAACCACUACAGCUCACCAAAGUGGUUAUGGUGCAAGGCGUGCACUGGCAUCAUCCCUGGGUAAGUAGUCAAAUUAUUUAAGAAUAGUUUGGCAACUUCUCAGGGGCCCACUGGCCACCUCCAGGGAGGUAUUCAUUGAGAUCCCUCAUUGCAGGACUUGACUUAGGUUGGCUAAGAAACUCAUUGCAGGUACAAGUUUAGACUCCUUACACUGGGAUGGUGCAGGGGCAAUCUUUGCACCUUAAAGGAACACUAUAGUGUUGGGAAUACAAAACUGGAUUCCUAACACUAUAGCAACCUUCUUUCCCCCCUCCCCCUUUGCAGUGGCUACUUUGUGAACUCUUGCUGUAGUGUUGAUGCUAAGCCAAAGUUAGUGUAGUAAAAUGUAUAAUUAAUACUGACAGGGUUAUUUGCUAAACAAGCAAUAUUUUUUUCCCAAAUGGAAACUGAGACAAAAUGGCUGAUGCAGGAAAAUUCUCCAAACUGAACAUUGGCAACAUAUAUAUUUGUUCCUGUUCUCUUGGUUACCAUGCAAUUGACAUGUAUUCUUGUAAGUAUAUUUUUAGAGUAAAAGGGGUGAAGUAUUUUAAACCGUGAAGAAAGUGUUAAUGCCAGCAUGUUGUAUUUUUUUUUUUUCAUUCUAUUUUUAUUUUAUUUAGCGAGGUGCAAUAUGUUUAUGCAAAUUAAGCACUCUUUAUAGAAGUAGACUAAAGUUUCAGUUCCUUGUAAUUUUUUUGUUUUUGUUUUGUUUUAACUUGUUUCUUUUACAUUUGGCACUUAUGUGCCAUAACAGUCAAAUGUUAAUAAAUAUAUUAUUUGUUUUUCCAUUUAUCACAUUAUACCUUUUUACAUAUAUAUUUUCAAAAUUCUGAAUAAAAAAUAUGAAAUGUUGGUGGCUAGCUGAGAACCUGACAAGACGUGUUGGAGUGGAGCUCCGCUUAAGCAUACCACUAAAUUGCCGAAAUUGCCACAAUAUCAAGUUGAUGCAAUCCAUCAGAUGGAUAAUACUCACUGCUGAAUCGCCCGCUAGAGAGAUGGGGCACAAAAACCACAAGUUAUCCCACCUUGAAGGCUCCAAUCUGCCCGAUUUUAUUUGAUAGGCCGCUGCAGUUAUCACAACCUAAGAUGGCACCCGGGAGACUUACAAGCUCCAGCGAAUCUAAUGCAUCCUCCUGGUGAGGAAUUCAUACCCCCUUGGACAGCAGGUGGGAUACACGGACGGCCUCGGACUCUGACACCUCACCCUCCACAAAAUGAGAUAUAAAAAAGCUGCUCCUAGACCGAAAAGAGGUCUGGAAAUCAGACCUGGACGGGGUGCGCACAGAGAUGAGCAGCCUCACAGUGCACAUUGGAGCAGUUGAAACUAGAGAGGGGGAGAAAACUGGGCGCUUACUGAGACUAGGUCACAAGUGGAAACCUUAACCACACAAAUACAGAGACUUACGCGCACGGUAACGACACUUGAAUCCCGUCACUGCAGGAGAAACAUGCUCAUUUGCAGAGCACCUGAACUAUAGGCAAGGAGACCAUGCUUGAGUACACGAACAGUGGCGGUAGCGAUGGUGGUGAAGUACAGAGGCACAUUUCCCAUCAUAUCAGCAUUACGGAUCCGGAAAACACCAACUGCAGAUGCUCCCAGGGACAUUAUUGCUGUUACCAGGGACAUAUCCGUUAAGGCCACCAUGUUAGCCCACUCCAGGAGCACACCCACAAGCACUGUGGACACUGUGUAUCGUUUGUUCACUUUUUAAAAUAUGUGGAAAACAUGCCAUUGCUAAUUUCUAUUGAUUCCACAAUAUAAAUAAAGAAUUUAAAAAAAACAAAAAAAAUAUGAGGCGGGAGGGAAGACUUUGCUCACCAAUAAUCUGCACUGAACGCAAUACACCAUAAUGUAUGCUUUCACGAGCGGCUAGCUGAGUGACUGCUUAGUUUACCUCUCAUUUUCUAUCCUAAACCAGCAGCACAUUGUCUGAAAGCCAUAGUGCAAAGGCAGAGACGAUGCUACAGUUAUAGCUAGGAUGUGCAAAAGAAAUAUGGGAACGUCUAAUAGAAAAUCUAUUAAAAAUUCCUCAGUUAUACAAGAAACUAAUGGAAUAGUCUGACAACACCCUACUGAAAUCUUAUGAGCUUCCACUUAAAAGCCCAUAUGCAAAAUAAGUGAGAAUAAACUAGAUAGAAUCCAGUUAAGAAUCAGGAGUGUAGUACUGAUGGGGUUAAUGAGUAUAAUAUGAAAGCAGUACUAGCAAUAGUGGGUAUACAAAUGUGCAUGCAGAAUAUUUAAGAAAAAAAAAAAUUAGAAUAUUAAAAUCCAGCCAACAAUGUGAAUAUUAAAAUUAAACCAACAAUACAAUUAAGUGAAUACAGUCCUGUUAUGGAUAAGUGCAUAAAUGUAACGGUGUAAACAAAUAAUAAUGCACCAUAGUAGAAACCAUGUAGUCUGUCCACCUGAGUGAGAGGAUUUCAGCUAGAAAUAUAGCUGUGAUGACUAGCAGGCUGAUUUGAUAUAGUACUACAGAAGGUCCUUGAUGUAAAAGUACAAAAAGAAACACUAAUAGAUCACUGUGAAAGAUCUAUAGUGACAGGAUCCUCACUGCGAUCUGAAAUACAGAAUAAACAGCCAUAGUGCUCGCUGUAAAAUCAGUAAUUACCGAAAUAAAGAGUAAAAACUGGCAUAGAGAGGAUAGUCGGGAUAGAAUCUUGAAGUGGAUCGGUAAUUGUCCUCACUCUUGCCGGCUCGGAGAUGGUGAUGUAAGGAGGCUUGAUAAGAGCUUUCCGUGUGCAUUCCACUAAGAACAAUAACAGAAUGGUCGUGCGACAGAUGCCGUAAAGCAAGCAUGUCAAACUCGCAGGCUGCAUGUGGCCCAUAAUGAAUAUUUUUGCGAGCAGUGAGUUUGCCAUGCUUACUAAAGCAGAGUAGGCACCUGCUCUCCCCACAUUGCAGGUGCCUACUCUGCCAAAAGUACCCGACCUGAGAGCUCCUUGGCGGCAGUGAGGGAGCUCAGACUUCUUGCUCCUAGCGCGCCCUCUGUAGUGGUACCGGAAUAUGACCUAAUUCCGGCAUCACUAAACUGUGCGCGUGAGGGAGCAGGAACACAGCUCCCUAGAGAAGACCAGUGAAAGGCCCCACACCAGCUCCCAAAGGUAGUGAGCAAUAAAUAAAAUUGUUCGUGUUUUUCUGUCAGUGUUGCAAUGGUUGCUGCCAGACAGUGGAGGACCUGGAGGUGCAUGGGAGGCAUGCAACGCCAUGUCACAUUAUGACAUGACUUCAACGUGCUUCACCUUCACAGGUUUUCAACAAAGGCUGGGAUUUAGUAUAGAUGGGUGUGUGUGUGUUUUUUUUUUUUUUUUUUAUACUGUACUUUUCAAAACAAACCUAAGUUUCUAUGUAAAUUUAAGGUUUGUUUUUUUUGCUGCCCACAUAAACUUAAACCUUGUUUAUGUGGCCCGUGCUAGCCUUUGAGUUUGACAUGCUUGCUGUAAAGCCUUACGCGUCUCUUGAACUAUCUGUUCAUUUCAUCAGAGGCUGGCAUCUGAGAUCUGUCUGUGAAUAAAUAGCCGUAGGGAAGUUCGCGGCCGAGAAUCUUAACCCAUAAAAGUGCAUGUUUUGAAAUACAGCUUCUUUUAUACAUACUUUAAAAUCCGUAAAUAAAUCCUAUAUGUGUAAAAACCAAUAAUAAUAAAUGUUGAUGAAAGACCAAUGCUAGAAUAUUGAAAAUAGAGAGAAUUAAUAGCUGAACUUAUGGACCUCUUAGAGUCCAGAGCUGAAUGAAUAAAUAAUUUAGGCGGAAAUCCAUAUAAAAUUACAAUAAUCAUUAAAGGAUCACUAUAGUGUCAGGGAAACCAAAUCGGUUUUCCUGACACUAUAGUACCUUGAGGGUGCCCCCACACGUGGUGCUAAAACCCCUUCGGUUACUUCAGUUACUCACCUUAUUCCACAGCCGGGCUCCUUUACCUCUCCUCCAACGCCGAUGUCCGCUCCCCCCCGUCUGACGUCAGCGGAGCAGAAUGCGCAUGUGCGGCAGUGCGCACAUUCAAAGUGUCCAUAGGAAAGCAUUUCUCAGUGCUUUCCUAUGGAUGCUCUGCGUGAUGGAGGGAUAAUAUGCCUCCAGUGUCGCAGAUGUGCCUCUAGUGGCUCUCCGGAAGACAGCCACUAGAGGCUGGCUUAACCCCAAAUGUAAACAUAGCAGUUUCUCUAUAGGGUCAGGAAUACAUGUUUGUGUUCCUGACCCUAUAGUGCUCUUUUAAGAUAUUCUGCAUGCACAUUUGUAUACCCACUAUUGCUUGGACUGCAUUCAUAUUAUACUCAUUAACCCCAUCAGUACUACACUUCUGAUUCUUAACUGGAUUUUAUCUAGUUUAUUUUUUCUUAUAGCUCGGCUAUGCUCGGGCACGGAGGUACACACAACACUAUAAAGUACACUUGCAGGUGUGCGUUCCUGACCAGAAAUUCCUGCAAGGCCUUCAGACGACCGACUCUGGUGUGAGCCACUGUUUGAUUUAGGAUUAACUUUUUUCAAAGAACUUUGGUAGCACAUAAAUGGAAUCCAGCUGAUAUGUAAUACUUGGUUCUCUAGUUUUGCCAAAUAAUGACCCUAAAUUUCAAAAUUCGACUAUCUUGAAAGCUUGCUCUAAAUAAGCAUUGCUAUUGUUGAACUUACAAAAAUGCUGUUUUGUGGUUUCAAUUCUGAAAUGAUCCAGUAACACUAUAUAUAUAUUUAUUAUUUAUUUUUGCAGACUGCUGAGUGAGCUUUCAUGCUUUCCCUCCUCUUCCACUAAGCUGUUUUUUUGUGUAAACAGCUCAGUAUAGUGAUUGUAUUACCAAUAAUUUCUGGGUGCUUUCCACAAUUUGUCAAAUCAUUUGUCAGCGAUUUCCCCCUCCUAAGCCACAUAAUAAUGUGGAAAUUAAAAUUUCUGCAUUAAUAUCCAUUUUAUCCAAUCUGGGCACCAAGCGGAGAGUGCUGGAAGUUGUUGUAUCGUUUUUUGUUUUUUCUUUUUUUUUCCUCAAACCAACAAACACUAGAAUAACAAGUGGAGUUAUACACUAAAAUAAGAAUUUAAAGUGAAUUUCAAAUUUAAAGGAGCACUAUAGUUGCCAGAACAACUACAACUUGUUCCAGUGUCUAACCUGUUCCUGAAGGUUGUUUUUAUUUUUUUAUGUACACACUGCCUUUUCAGAGAAAUUGCAGUGUUUACAUUACUGCCUAUAAACACUUAGUGGCAGUCACUCAUAUGUCCACUAGAGGUGCUUCUUGGGUCAGUGAUGCACAAAGUGCAGCACUGACGUUCAGGGUCUCCACGCUUUGCAUGGAGGCGCUGAACAUUUUCGUAGAGACGCAAUGAUUCAGUGCAUACCUAUGAAGACAUGCUGAUUGGCACAGCCUGGCAUUUUGACGCACAUACUCAAUAGUCUCCCAUUGCUUUCCUGUGGGGGAGCAUUGGAUUGGCUAAGAUCAGCAAGUUUGAUGAUCUCAGGCAAGGAAGUAGGCGUAGCCUGCCGUGGCAGACCCAGCGGCACUGGAAUAAAGAUAAGUUUAUUACCUUUUUAAAGAGUACCAAGGGGGUUGGGGCCUAAACUGAGUUUUUAACACUAUAGUGACAGUAAUACAUUGCGAAUUCUGUCUCUAUAGUGUUACUUUUAAAGUUGAAAUGCCAAACUGGAAAUUCUGUGUUAAAUUAGUAAUUACAUUUUACGUUGAUAUGAAUAUCCCUGUAAAUCUUUUCAAUGCAUAAGGGGAACAAAACAUCAACAACAACAAAAAUAAAAUCUCCCUAUUGCCCUGUGAGAUCUGUAUUUAUUUUUUUGCAGUUUUUGCUCCAUUGUACAUUUAAGCCACUUACAAAUUUGGAGGAAUCUUUGGAAACAUCUUUUAGAGUAAGGGAUUAUUUGUACUGUGUGAUUUACACUGCCCUACCAUCUUUUCUUUGUGUUUAUUUUUUUUCGGGGCAUUACUUAGGGUACAUUGGCAAUGUAAUAACCACAGAUGACAUAAGCAGUCUUACAAUACCUGUUAUGACAAGUAGUGCUUUAUCAUAUCUGUUGCAUUAGAAGAAAUGUAAGAUUAAAUAAAAAAUGAGAUGACCAUAUACCUGUCUGUGUCACGAGAGAUGCAGUCCCUCAGUUUUGCCAUCACUGAUAAAUGGUAUACGGUGACUAAAAGACCUAAAUGAAUAUUGGCAAGAAGUCUUAAACCCUUAAGGGCGGAGGCAAUUGUACAAUUUCUGAAUAAAAACAAAACCUGGGAUUUGACAUGUCUAUUAAUCCAUAAUUUAACUAUUUCAUAUUAAGUGCCCACACUUAAUAUAAAUAUAUAUAUAUAUAUAUAUAUAUAUAUAUAUAUAUAUAUAUAUAUAUGUGUGUCUAUAAAUUGAUUCAGGAGAAACAGGGCUUUCAUUUCACAUCAAAUAUAUGAAUACCUAAUUUUAAAAUGAAUAAAAUCCAAGAAAAUGUGAGCAGUAAAGUUAUUUUCUUAGUUCUGCAUGGCAUUUUAACUGUCAUACUUUUAGUUUUUACUGAAAUAAAACAAUUCUAGUUAUCCCCCUUCUCUCCCCCCAAAUAUGGGGCUUGCACAUUAAAUUCUCUGGACUUUUUUCCUGGGUUGUUGGGUAUGUCCCCCAUAUAAUUAGUAAAAUUACAUAAUUAUGCUGAACUAAUACAUAAAUAUACACGUAGAAUUACAUUUUCAUAUAAAGUGUGUGUGUGUGUGUAUAUAUGUAUGUAUGUAUGUAUGUGUAUAUAUAUAUAUAUAUAUAUAUAUAUAUAUAUAUAAUAUAUUAUACUCUGCCUGACAGGCCAGGCUGUCCCCCUGCAGGCAAUCUAUCAAUCAUGGAGAUCCGAGUCAUGUGAUUGAGGUGUCAUCCCGAUCACAUGACUUGGGUCGCUGAGAUCGCAUGCAGGGGGACAUCCUCGGUCACAGUCAGUGUCGUUUCUCCCCUCCCUAUCUGAUCCGGCAAGGAGGGUAAGUAAAUAGUAUACGGGCUGCAGGGAGGAGAGCCGGAUAUCGUUUUAUUGGACGGCAUGGCAGGUCCUUGCGUCGUACUCCGGGAAUGGGUUGUGACAAUUCUAUUUGCAUGUUCACAACUCUAUCUUUGAUUGCAAUGCAAAAUGUACAUGAUCUCUAAAAAGCUUACAACUUUGUUUACGUUUUUUUUUUUUCUUGUAGUGGUUCUGAUUGGAGACUCUGGAGUGGGGAAGAGUAACUUGCUGUCUCGUUUCACUCGCAAUGAGUUCAACCUGGAGAGCAAAAGUACCAUUGGGGUGGAAUUUGCAACUCGGAGCAUCCAAGUUGAUGGCAAGACCAUAAAGGCACAAAUUUGGGACACAGCAGGACAGGAAAGAUACAGAGCCAUCACAUCCGCGUGAGUUUCUCUUUUUUAAUUCAAGGGACAAUACAACCAUCAUUAUCACCUUACCUAUUAAGUUGUUGUAGAACUAACGUUGCUUGGAUGAACCAGUCAUCACCCCAGAGUUAUUGUCAUUUGGGAAAGCAUAGCUGCUUCAUUCAGUUGUUCAAAAAACGUGUUCAGUCGUUGGCCCCCUGAAGAUACAUUCAUACGUUGAAUUCAAGACUUCUCAGUGAGUGCACACCUGAAAGGUUAUUCAUUGAGUGAGUAUUGAAAGUGAAUUCAAAGUGAAAUUCAAAUUAAAAAUUCAAAUUAAAUUCAAAUUAAAAGUCAAAUUAGCUAAACUAGAAAAAUUCUGCAAGUGAGCUGUACUUUCAGAUGAUUACUCCUGUCCUUAACCCCUUAAGGACACAUGACAUGUGACAUGUCAUGAUUCCCUUUUAUUCCAGAAGUUUGGUCCUUAAGGGGUUAAAGGACCACUAUAGUGCCAAGAAAACAAACUUGUUUUCCUGGCACUAUAAGGUCUUUAGGUCUCCCCCACCCUCAGGGUCCCACUCCCGCUGGGCUGAAGGGGUUAAAACACUUGCCUUUCUCCAGCACCGGGCUUCCUCGGCGCUGGGGAACUUUCCUCCUCUUGCAGACGUCCGCACCGAAUGCGCAUGCGCAGCAAGAGCAGCGCGCGCAUUUAAACAGUCCAUAGGAAAGCAUUUCUAAAUGCUUUCCUAUGGACGUCCAGCGUCUUCUCACUGUGAUUUUUCACAGUGAGAAGCGCAGAAGCGCCUCUAGCGGCUGUCAUUGAGACAGCCACUAGAGGCUGGAUUAACCCUAGUGUAAACAUAGCAGUUUCUAUGAAACUGCUAUGUUUACAGCUGCAGGGUUAACACUAGGGGGACCUGGCACCCAGACACUUCAUUGAGCUGAAUUGGUCUGGGUGCCUACAGUGGUCCUUUAAAUUUGAAACUCACUUUGAAUUCUCUCUUUAGUAAAUAUCCUUGCUAGUGUCCAGAUUAUUUAUAGGACCACUAAAGUCAUCCAGAGCAUUUCAUGUCAAUGAAGUGCAGCCAUCCACUAGAGACACUUCUACUGUAAAAAUCAUUAACUUGGCAUUGCAGCUCAUUGGAAAGCUUUGAAUUUAAUGCUUUCAAGAGAAACAUUGGAUACGCAUAUUGCAUUCACUACAAAAGCUCAUGAAAUCCCCAAUGCGACUGUAUGAGGAAGUUGUCUCAUCGAUGAUGACGCAGGAGGCGUAGUGGCCAGCAUCUUUAAGGGAGUCUCUACUAGGGAUCGACCACAGCAAGCUCUUACCUUCCCAGCAGCUCCUUUCAGCUCUCCUGUCUAAAUCUUGCGAAUCCCACGACCGGCAGAGUUGCCAUGGGUUACAAUGGCAAUGCUCCACGCGGCACGCAGACUGUGAGAUUUAGACAGGGGAGCUUCUGGGAAGGUAAGUAAGAGCUUGCUGGGCCCCCCACUGCACAGUCCAUGCCACCGGACCACUAGGGAAUGCUAUAUCCCUCUCCCUGGCCAGGUAACAAAUCCAUCAUUUUACACACACCACACAAACACUCUACAUUCACUAAUCAAAUGCUCUCACUGCAUCCACUACACACAAAUAUAUUCUUGAAAAUAUAACAAAUUCUGACUGGCAUGUAUAUUUUGUGCAUUUACCUUAAAAAAAUAAAAUAAAAAAAAAUUGCCAAAAAACAUGUUCAGUUAAAAGUAGAAAUAGUUUUGUGGGGUUUUUGUUUUUUUUUUUAAUGGUAAAUGUACAGAAUAUUGGUAAGUUAUCGGCCUGAAAGUUCACAUUAUUGGUAUCUGCUCUAAAAAAUCAAUAUCGGUCGAUCCCUAGUCUCUAGGUUGGAAAAUGGUAAGUAAAGAAAGCUCUCAAGCUCUUAUUCGUUAAAGUGGUAUUUGACAAGAUUCCAUUCACUCACACCAUUUUUAUUCUGUUUUAUUUAUUAAUUUUCCUUUUCUGCUCUCUGAUAUUACAAGGUUGCAUUGCAUGGGAUUUUGUGUUUAUGACCUUUUUUUAUUUAAGGCAAAAGUAUUUAUUUGAAGAUGCAGUUACUCCUCUUUAUUAUGUAGUUUGUCCAAAGCGAACAAUUCUAAAUGUCCAAACUAAAUAUUAAUUCCGUCUCCUAGUUAUUACAGGGGUGCUGUGGGUGCUCUCCUGGUUUAUGAUAUUGCCAAACAUCUGACAUAUGAAAAUGUGGAGCGCUGGCUUAAAGAACUGAGAGAUCAUGCAGAUAACAACAUAGUUAUAAUGCUGGUUGGGAACAAGAGCGACUUGCGUCAUCUCAGAGCGGUCCCAACAGAUGAAGCACGGGCUUUUGCAGGUACUAUCCUUUUUAGAAAAGUAUUACAAGUCUUUAGUUUGUGUCAGCACCAGUUUAGCUAUGGCCUGGUUUUUAUUCUCUUGCUUCUGGGAACACCAGAAACAACUGCAGAAAGUGUAGCACCAUACCAGCAUCAAACACUAACUGUGGGCGUUUUAUUAGAACACUAAGUCGAGGAGGAAGUGUUACCAGUCAGCCUGGUGAAUAUGCGCAUGCCACUCGGACACAUCCUCUUUUGAGGUUUUUUUGUCAUUUGUUAUAUAAUUUGCAACCCACCUUUUUACCUACACCCAUACUCUUCCCAUUUGCUCAUUUCACAAUUUUGGUAGGUAUGCUUUUGUAUGACACAAGUUUAGAUAUGAAUAAAAAAGAUCCUUUGUGAUAGGUACAAUUUAUCCCAUUUAAUCGGUGUGGAGAAAUAACUGUAUAGUUAAAGGGACCCUCUAGACAUAUAGUUGUAGAGAAACUGCAAUGUUUACAUUGUAGGGUUAAGACUGAUUCUAGUGGCAGUCUUCCAGACGGCCACUAAAGGCACUUCCUGCAGUUUCACAGAGUUUGACCACGUGAAACUAAACUGGAUGUUCAUUUUGUUGAAAAUCCCCAUAGGAAUUAAUUGGUUCUUUACUUUCCUGUGGGGGAAGGCCUAAUGCGACUGCGACCUGCGCUGAAAUCAGGUAAGUGUUUGUUUAAAGGGUUUAUCAAAUCUUUACGUGGAUGGGGGGUGGAGAGACACUAUAGUGUUAGGAAUAUAAUGGUGUAUUCCUAACACUAUAAUUUCUUUAAUGUAUGUGUGUAAAUAUAACUUGCUGUGUGUGGGUUAUUUCCAGUUAACUGAUCUACAUGUGCACGGAUAAGAUCACAUCAAAAGGGGAAACUGCAUAGCAUCAGAUGGAAAUUAACCCCUUAACGACGAGUGAUGGAUGAGGUCUGUCACUCAGGGGAUUGCCAUAACGACGAGUGACGGACCUCGUCCGUCACCCAUUAAAAUUAACCCCGGAUCGCCACGAUCGCGAGGUUAAUGGUGCUCUGGUCUGCCUCUGUAUUAGAGGCAGACCGGGAGCACCUGAUAGUGCUGCCCGAGCACAUGUGCUUCAUAUAGUCACCUUCCGCCUCCCUGCACUUCCUAGUUUUGUGUGAAGUGCAGGGAGCCGGAACAGUGACGAUCCCGCCCCCUGUGUAAAAACAAUAAAGUUAAUAUAAAAUCCAUUUUAUUAAAAAAUUAGCCCCUUCCCUGCCAAUUGAUCACUGACUACAGUGAUCAAUUGGCAGGGAUUAUAUUUUACUGUCAUCUGAUUUUUUUUUUUUUUUUUCAGGUGUUAAAUUUAUUUAAUUUAAAUAUUUUCAAAUUAUAUAUUUAGCUAGCUGGGGUGGGUGGAAGUUAGUGGGGAAUUGGGGGAUUUUGUGUUAGGCUAACUAGGGGUUAACAUUAAAAAAGUUUUAAAAUAAACUUUAAAAAGUAAAAAAUUAAGCUAAAAAAAAGUUUUAAUAACGUUUAAGUAAAAAAAACACCCCCCUUUACCAAGUCCAAAUAAAAAUUAACCCCUUCCCUACCAGUCGAUCACUGCCUACAGUGAUCAAAAUACAGAUCACAGUUUUAAACUGUGAUCUAAUUUUCUUUUUUUUUUAACCCCUGAGGAUUAACUUUUAUUUAUUUUUUGAACCCUCAGGGGUUCAAUUAAUUUAAUUAAUUUCAAUAUUUUAUAAUGAUAUAUUUUUGCUAGCUGGGGUGGGUGGGAGUUAUGGGAAAAUGGGGAAGUUACUGUUAGUGCUGCUCAUUGCUAGUUAGGGGUUAACGGUAAAAAAGUAAAAAAAAGUUUCAAGAAGUAAAAAAUUACAUUUAAAAACUCUCAUUACCACUACACCUGGAACAAACUAGAGAAAAAAUGAUCCUACGCUAAGGUUCAAAAUAUGCUUUUUGAAUUACCCCAGGGUGUAUUCUUUAAUAAAUAGUAUGUGUUUGUGGGGAAGUUUCAAUAACCAACCGUCUAAACUACUCCAAAUUGGAACAUGGACACAGCGUAAAACUUCAAAGUUAGAAAAAAACUGAAUGGCUGCAUCUCAAAUGCUCCCCUUCAACAUCCACAUAUACCUGGCAAAGGUACAUACUUUGGUAUUGCUGUACUCAGACGACAUAGCUGAGCAACAUAUGAAGUAUUAUACAGUCGUAGCACACAUAAGGUUUGCAACAUAUACUGUGCUAACUCACUUUGUGUGUCAAAAAGGGAGGAAAAACACUUGUUACCACUACACUUGGUACAAGCUAGCGGGAAAAUGAUCCCACACUAGGGUUCAAAAUAUACCCUGGGGUGUCUACUUUAAGAAAUGGUAGGCCUUUGUGGGGUAGUUUGAAUUUAAACCCUGCUAAGAUGCUUGGAAAUUGCACAUAGGCCCAGCGUAAAAAUUCAAAGUUCGGUAAAAACUGAUAUGGCUUGGUCUCCUAUAUGGCACUGUGUAGCUUCACAAAAUAGUGCCAGAGACAUUCAUUGGGGGUGUCUUUUUACUCAGGAGACUUAGCCGAGCAUAAUUUGGGGGGUUUGAACUUAGUGACACAUGUGAAAUAUACAAAAUGCCCAGCAAAAAUGCAAUCCAUAUGUAAAACACGCACAAAAUUAUUUAUCACAUACUUAAGCAUAUAUGGGUGAAAAAAUGGGGGCAUGUUAAGGCACAAUAUGCACCUUAUGAGAUACCAUGGAGUGUCUACUUUUACAAAUGGUAGGCCUUUUGUGGGCUUUUUUGAACAGUCAAACUGUUAUAAUACCCCAAAUGGAAGCAUAGGCUCAUUAAAUCCGUCUAUCAAAAUUCUAUUGUGAAUACUGAAAAGAACAGGCCUCCUAUAUGGCACUGUAACUUCACAAAAUAGUGCCAAAGACAUACAAUGGGGGUGUCAUUUUACUCAGCAGAUGUAACUGAACACAAAAUAAAACUUUGUACAGGAAUAGCACUCACCAGCUUUACAAAAUACACAUGAUAAUCUUUGUUAUAAGUUUGUGCGCCAAGAACCAAAAAAAACCCACAAUUUUACUCCAAUAUUUAGCAGAGGUUGGCAGUGAAAUGGCUGCGUAGAAAGUGUCAAAACAACCCUAGGUAAAUAGCCUGUGAUGUCUACUUUAUAUAAAUAUAUACUUUUGUGUGGCAAUUUUGUUUUCUUUUAUGGCUAUUAAGCUUACAAGACAAACAUACCAGAUUCUAAAAUUGCUCCACAUUAAAAGUUUAUUUUACUCCUUGUGCUUUGUGACCUGUAACUACCAAAAAAACUUAAAAUCCCAGACACAUUAUAUAUUCUGUAAAUCAGAACAACUAAAUGAAUUUAUUUUGAAUUAUUUUCCUUAACCUGCACUAAUUAUGCACACAUUAUUAUUGCAAAAACUGUAAAAAAAUAAAUAAAUUCAUUUUUCUGCAUUUUUUUUUUUUUUUAUAAUAAAUGAGCAUAUAUGUGUGUUACAUCAAAUUAAAGCCAUUUCUGUCCUUUAAAAAACAAUAUAUAAUAUGUGUCGGUGCAAUAAAUGAGUAAAAUGCAAAUUGCAGUUAAACGCAAACAGCAAAAAAUGAAAAUGCUGUUGUCAUUAAGUGAAAGACAAGCUUCUGAAGCUCUGUCUUUAAGGGGUUAAUAACCCAAUUUGUGUACAAAUAUUUACGCAAAAGAUCCUAAAGCGUGUGAAAAUGUUACAUUUCCUUUGUUUAUUGGGUUGGAAAAAUAUCAUGUAUACAUAAGUUUGUAAUUUGGCGCCCUCUAAAAGGAUACAUUGAUGCCUAGAGUUGGCAAUCUAAUUGGGAGAUUUAAUUUGACAACUGCAGAUGAUCCAUGCUGUAGGCUUCAGAAACAUUUUAUGCAAAAAGUGGUCACUAAAUGCAGAGUGGCAACUGAAUUUCGAUUGUCACAUUCUGAUUAGAGAGUUGUUGGGCUGAAGCUGUCGGUUUCUCAGAAUUUUCAGGGACUUGGAAGGAUAUUUAUUUUCUAUUUCUCUUGUGUGGUUGUGUAGUAGAUCAGUGUGUGAAUAUAGUUACAUUCCAUCCCAUUCACAAGACCACUAUCUCAAAAAGAACAUUCUAUUCUAUCCCAAUCUUAGUAGUACAUGCUCUUCCUGUCCCUUCCUCUCGAGGGGUACCAGACAAUUUCCAGUACUAGCAGAAGUACAUAUUUUCCUUCCUUCCCCUUUAUCAAUACCAGUAUCCAAACCCCCUUCACUUUUAUGUUCAUCUUUCCUCUCAUUGGGGCUCUUUCCAUUGUUAAAGAUUUAGUCCUCCCUUUUUUUUUAGCACUGCUGGUGGGGAGUCGUCAUCCUUGUUUUAUUGCAGUGUUAGAAGUAGCACCAGUGUGCUCCAUGUAGCACUGACCUGUAUAUCUCCCUGGGGCUGGUAGAGGCUCUGGUCCAGGAGCCAUAGCUGGGUUCUCUCUGUAGCAUGCAAGCCACAGAUGCAAUAAUCUCUGUUUUGGACACAUAACCAGGGCUUAAUCUCCACUAUGAAAUGUGAGACUGCUUGGAAAUUUAGUGUCAUGCCUUAUAUUUAACAUGAAAUCUAAAAAAAAUUAAAUGUGUUUUUUAGGAAUAAAAUUUAAAUGUAUUAUCUAUGUGGCUGUAUUUAUCUUUAUGGAACAGAGUACCUCCAUCUCAGACACUGUGAAGUUUUACAUAAUCAAGUGUACUGUUCUUAAAGAACCACUAUAGGCAUGCAGACCACUUCAGCUCAAUGAAAUAGUCUGGGUACCAGGUCCCUCUGGUUUUAACCCUGCAGCUGAAAACAUAGCAGUUUCAGAGGGUUAAUCCAGCCUCUAGUGGCUAUCUCACUGACAGCAGCUAGAGGCACUUCCGCGAUUCUCAGUGUGAAAAUCUGUGAGAAGACGCUGACAACCUUAGGAAAGCAUUGAGAAAUGCUUUACUAUGGGCGGUUGGAAUGCGCGCGUGGCUUUUGCCGCGCAUGUGCAUUCGGGUCGGACGUCGGCAGGGGGAGGAAAGGAGCCCGGUGCUGGAUAAAAGAUAAGUGGCUGAAUAAGUUUUAACCCCUUCAGCCCAGCGGGAGGGGGCCCUGAUGGUGUGGGGGACCUAAUGACCCUAUAGUGCCAGGAAAACGAAUUUUUUUUUUUUUUCUGGCACUAUAGUGCUCCUUUAAGUGAUCACAUGCAUAACAGUGGGCCCAACAGGCACAUUGUCUCUUUUUCCUGUUUGUACAUGUUUCCGAACAGAGAUUUUUUAUGCCCAAACGCUUGCUUCCUCUCUUUUAAUCCAAUGUGUGCUAAACCUUUAAUAUACAGUACAUGUAGAAUAAAACUGUGAAAGAAAAAAGGUUAACACAAGUGCUGUGAUAUAACCUCCUCACCCCCCUCUUUCUGUUCUUCUUUGUACUGUGGUGUAAUUUUCAGAGAAAUUAUAGUUUCUCUUUGACAUCUAUAGAUAUUGACCAUUCUUGCUUUGGUUUGCGUAGUUGUGUUAAGGAAAUUGAUUAUAUGAUUUGAUACAGUAAUUGUCUGUAACAGAUAAAGGCUACACUUUGAUGCUACACAAAUGAUGGAAAGAGAAAAAUAUCACACCUUCACACCCUGAUAUGUGGGUUCGAAGCCACAGCUUGGAGAGUGCUGCUUGUAAAAGAAAAGCCUUGAUGUGGGGGAAAAUCCCAUACUAUACAGCUUCUCUUUUCAGUGGAUGUAAAUUAUAAUAUUACUCUAUUCACCCUCUAUGCUCUGCUUUGAGUGUUAUUUCUGUUUAACACACGUAAUACGUACAGAUUACAGUAGAAUUUAAAAGACCGUCAGAAUUUGUAACUGUGACGUAAAAAAUUAAUUACAUGAAGUACACCCCUCCCCCUUUAUAUUCCUACCACACCUAGUUUACUAAAAACUUUUGUCCGCUAAAUUUGACUUGGAGACUUCCGACGCUAAGCACCAUGACCGCUGCAGCAUAUUGCUAUUAUGUAACUGAGACUUAUGCACUAUCAAUGUCAAUUUUGUCUAAAUUAGGAUUCCAGGAUUUGCAGUGUGCCAGCUGACAUGCUCAGCCAGUAAAUGCAGUCCUAAUAUUGACCUAUUUGACAUUGUUAUUGAGUAGAUGUAUUCAUGCUCCAGGGUCAUGAAGGAACUAUUUUUCACUACACCGCAAACCAGAACACCUUGACUACUACCACUUCCCUUGCUCUUAUCAAGAGUGAGAAGUAAAGGGACCACUCAAUACCUCUGUCCCUAUCAUCUAAUGCUUAAGCCGUCUGUUUCUGUGGGAUGAUACAAAAUGCAGAUUAGGGAACAGCGCAAACACCAUUAAAAAAAAUUGACAAGGCUUCUUUGAAUUCCCAUAUUUGUUUGCUGAUGAGGUAUUUGGUUCCACCAAAUGGCCAUAUUGUGGUAAGCCCACCACUACAUCACAAUACCCCAAUAUCGGUGGGUCCUACACUAAUUUCAACAUUGGUGGUUAACAUGCUAACUGCAAAAUAUCCUGCUGAAACUACCCCAGAGUCUCUUGACACAAUAUGCCCAUAUGGUGUAACUGAAUCCCCAUAUUUGUUUGCUAAGAUAUGUGAUGUGAUCUUAAGUAGCCUUAUAAAAUGUAAGUGUAGUAUUAUUGUUUGUAAUCUAUUUAUGUAUAUAUUUUGGUCUUUACCUCAGCACCACUACUUGAAUAUACAUAUUCCGUGUUUUUUUUUUUUUUUUUGUUCCCUUGGGUUGGAGUCAGAUAUAGGUUUCCCUAUGCACCCCUUUCAUUCUUGAGUGCUGUAUCUUUGUUGUGUAUCACUCUGCUGCUCCAGUGCAUUGAUCAAUCCAGCAUACUUGUAUUGUUUUAAUUGACUGACACAAAGCACCAAUAUAGUAAGCAGAUGCACACUGCCUCUGAAGUUCCUCAAUAAAUACAGUAUUUAUAUAGUAGGUAAAAGUGGACACUUUUUGUACUAUGUAUUGUCUCUUCACUCUCAACCAGAAUGCUAACUUAAAGCUAAAAGUGUACUCAUCCUGCAUUCUGGGAGGUAUGUGAGAGCAAUGUGUACUGGUUGUAUCAAGAAAACUUGGUGGCAGCAUGCAUAAGCGCCACUAAAGUACGCGUGGAAUGUACUUGCCUUGACUGCACUUCUCACCCCAAUUAAUGCUUCAUUAUGGUAUCCUGGGACAAUUAAAGGACCACUCUAGGCACCCAGACCACUUCAGCUUAAUGAAGUGGUCUGGGUGCCAGGUCCUUCUAGGGUUAACCCAUUGUUUUAUAAACUUAGCAGUUUCAAAGAAACUGCUAUGUUUAUCAAUGGGUUAAGCCUUCCCCCAAAUCCUCUAGUGGCUGUCUCAUUGACAGCCGCUAGAGGCGCUUGCGUGCUUCUCACUGUGAAAAUCACAGUGAGAGCACGCAAGCGUCUAUAGGAAAGCAUUAUGAAUGCUUUCCUAUGCGACCGGCUGAAUGCGCGCACAGCUCUUGCCCCGCGUGCGCAUUCAGCCGACGGGGCGGAUUGGAGGAGGAGAGGAGGCAGAGAGCUCCCCGCCCAGCGCUGGAAAAAAGUAAGUUUUUACCCCUUUCCCCCUUCCAGAGCUGGGCGGGAGGGGGAACCUGAGGGUUGGGGCACCCUGCGGGCACUAUAGUGCCAGGAAAAAGAGUGUGUUUUCCUGGCACUAUAGUGGUCCUUUAAUGAGUAUCGCUUUGAGAAACAGUUACAUCUAUAAUGUUCUUUGCAAUCAUUUUCUUGUUCUCCACAUUGAGUUGUUUGGGUUUGUUUUUUUUCUUUUUGUUUUCUUUUCUUUGCAUGUAGUUUUCCUUUGCUAUUUGAAGUUAUAGUUUAUUCUAUCAGAAACGUUCUGUAAAUUGAAUUGCAAUGUUUUGAUCCAAAUCUUAGUUGUUCUGGUGUCUAUAGCCUGUCCCUGCAGGCUUUUUGUUGUAAACACUGCCUUUUUAGAGAAAAGGUAAUGUUUAAAUUGCAGCCUAGCAACACCUCUAGUGGCCACUCCUCAGAUGGCUACUAGAGGUGCUUCUUGUGUCCGUGCUGCACAUUCUGCAUGGAGACACUGAACUUUCCCCAUAGAGAUUCAUCUAUGAGGAGAUGCUGAUGGGCCAGAGUGGCAUUUGGCUCAAUCUCUGGCCUGCAUCCUUGGCUGAGAUCAUCAGAAUUGACAGUCUCAGCCAAUCCAGUGCUGAAAAUUAGGUAAGCUUUUACCAUACUUACCGAUGCCUAGAUAGUAGUGAUGUCCCCAACGGUUCGCCACGGAUGGCGAACAUAUGCGGUAAACUUUGACCCUGUACCUCACAGUCAGCAGACUCAUUCCAGCCAAUCAGCAGCAGACCCUCCCACCUCCUGGACAGCUCACUAAGAAUUCAGCUUCACAAUGAAUGUAAAAUGGAUGCUGUCCAGGAGGCGGGAGGGUCUGGGAGGGAGGGCCUGCUGCUGAUUGUCUGGAAUGUGUCUGCUGACUGUGAGGUACAGGGUCAAAGUUUACCGCAUAUAUUCGCCGUCCGCGGCGAACCGUUCGGGACAUCGCUACUAGAUAGUAAUUUUAACACUAGAGGAAUAAAUGUUUGUUCCUUUUAAUAAAUGUGGAUAAGUGUUUACCGUACACUUUGUAUGUUGUUGUGAAGAGUCAUGGAAAGCUUAGUGGAAUAAAUGGUUACUAAGAGCCAGUUUAGUAUGGAAGAAUUACAGUAACUGAAAAUAAGCACUAUAUAGGUGUCAAUUUUUACAGUCUGCUGUACUCUCAACAUGUUUAUUUUAGAAGUUUUUAUUUUUUAAAUUUCUGUUCAUGUGAGAUUCAAGCAUUUUAUAUUUAUAAAAAAAUAAAAAGUUAAUUUUACAUCUAUUUACCCAUAAUUGUUAUGAAUAUAAAAAAUACUUUUUUGUUGAGGGUGGGGAAUUAAAUACAAAUUCAAGAGGAUGUAGCUGCCAUUAGUUUUAAUGGUUUUGAGUUUCCCUUUCAGAAAAGAAUAGUCUGUCAUUCAUAGAAACCUCUGCUCUCGAUUCAACAAAUGUGGAAGAAGCCUUCAAAAACAUUCUUACAGGUAUUUUCUGGAACUUGCAUUGUGUUGUGGAACCUACUGAAUGCACUUAACCCCUUAAUGACACAUGACAGAUUUUUUUUUAUCAUUCUGGCCUUUUUUACUUCUGAAGCAGUGUCCUUAAGAGUUUCAAGGAUUUUAAGAAAACUCUGUUUUUAUUUGAAGUAACUAUUCCUAACCGGGUUCUCCCCCUAACUUUAAAAAGGUGGGAUAAAAUAAUCAUAAACUUGCCUCUGUUCCAGCUCUGAGACAAAGUUCUCCUUUCAGCUCAACUCUUCCUAGCUGCUGGGGAAGGGAUGUAAGGGAAUGUACAGGCUAAGGGGAGUUAACUGAUAUUCUGCUGCUGUGGAACAAAAUUAAAGGCAUACAAAAGUUAAAAAGUAACAUGUACUGUGUUAAAAAUGCCAUCUUUGGGGAUCUUGUGGACUCAUCAUUGUUUGUCUUCUGAACUCUUUCAAAGGCAAUAUUUUAUCCCGUAAUACACAUGUAUCCUAAUCAUAGUAUAAAGUGUUUAAGUGUUAGUAAAAUGUGUAACCCUUCACUCUAUAAUGCAGUAAUGUGUUUAUAUUAAACUAUAAGACCUCCUGUCCAAGUUUCCUGUAACACAACUUGAUUACAAUUGCAGCCAUUUGCAGUACUCAUUGCACAUAUAGUGUCACUCUCAACUCAAAUAGGUCAAAGUGAAAAAUAUGCUUUCCUAAGGCUGUAUGCACAGUUGUUUGUGUGUCUACAAACAUUUUUUUUAUAGCAUGCUGUGCUAGAACUAGCGUCUAGCUUCAUUAAUGAAAAACAUGGAUGGAGCAGAAAUUGUGAAAUUUGAAAGAUGUUGCUGGAGAAGGGUAACUGGCUGAAUUCUGUUUGAUAAGUAAAUGUAGCUAUGUUCGCAUGGGGUUGGAAGUGAUGGAGUUAACUUAUUUUUUCACUCUGCAUUAAUAACCUUUGUGAAAUUUGGUUUAUCUUCUGAAUGAAACUAUUUUUUAUUUUUUUUGCAGAAAUAUAUCGCAUAGUUUCACAGAAGCAGAUUGCAGACAGGUCAGCUCAUGAUGAAUCCCCUGGUAACAAUGUGGUGGACAUCAGUGUACCUCCCACCACUGAUGGGCAGAAAUCCAGUAAACUGCAGUGCUGUCAGAAUCUGUGACUUGACCACACACACACCCAACUUGGGAUUAUGCUGAAGAACACUCCUGUUUAUCCUUCACUUCUCUCUGUGCACUUCUCCUCGUUUGAUCAAAGAGCUGAACCAGACCUGCAACUGCAGUGCUUGGAAUUGCUUCCACUCAUUGGAUGGGUGUUUUGCAGUGGGAUGAAGGUUGCUCACUGGACAGAGGCCUUGCUAAUUUCAAGGAAGUCUGUUUCAUUCAAAUGUUUUUGUUAAACUUUUUUCCCCCCAUACUUCUUUUCAAGCAAGUGUGCUAUAAUUUCACGGUCUAUCAUUUCUAAUGAAUGUCAUAACUGUUUCAAUUCUAAUGAGUCUUUUUAUUGUUCAGAUGUUUCAUAACUAUCAAUUCAUUGUAUUUGGUUCUAUUUGAAAGAAUGUGGACCACCUUGUUUUAUGUUUUCACUUUUCAACAGUGUCUUAUUUCAAGAAUUUAAUAGUUUUUUCCAGAAGUGUCUAUAAACCUCAAGGUGAGGCAGCAGUUCUUGUAACACCUAAAUAUUUCAUUUACCUGUCUAAAUAGAAGAGAGGAGGUACCAUACAUAGUUUUGAAAACUGAGACCAUUCUCUCAUGUUCCAUCAACUUCCGUGCAUUAAAUCACAUACCAUUCCGCAGUUCUUAUCCAAUCGGAAAGCUCAUCUUUGGUAAACAGAGCUGCUUUAGAUACAUAAUUAAUAUUGUGUUUUGAGUGUUACUGGCAAAGCACAUGGAAGCCUGUUUUUCAAUAGAGAUUGUUUUUUGUAUUGUAUAUCUCUAUGCUACAUUAAGCGGGAACAGUGAUUUUCAUCACCUGAUUUAUCCCUAUGGUCUUGGUUUUCUAGAAGGUUUGAUGAGGCUUGUCUGUUUUGUUUUUGUUUGUUUUUUGCAUGUGUCCUUCUGAGUAGGAGGGGUAGGAUCUUACUGUAAAUAACGGUUUCAAGGUAUUGUAACUUUAUUUCUAAGCAGUAUUGUUCCUCAGUGUAUCUUCAGUCCAUGAUUUAUCAUGCACUACAACCCAAGAUUAAAGGGCUGAACGUAAAGAAAGUUGUUGGUAUUUACCAGGAUUAAAUGUCUAAUAACAGGGGUAAGGAGGUUUAAAAUGUAUCAUCUGUCAAUGAAUUCAGCAGUGGCAUCUACUUAAGUAAUUUUGUAUAUCUAUUAAAGGGGCAUUCAAAGUACCAUAAUCACUACAGUAUGUGAGUGCCUCUCCUCCAAACACACCCACACACACACUCACAUUUUAAGUAGACAAACCAUUUUGGUUUGAUCUCUUACCUGGGAUCUCCCUGGCUACCUGCUUGGACUACUUUUUACAGGCUGUGUUUAAAGCGAGAUGGGAAUCUGUAUGAUAUUAUGCACAUGGAUUUUAUGACUUAUUAAUGGAACACCAAAGUGGCUAUGGUGCAAUCCUACAGUAAGUAGUCCAACCGUUUUUGUACGAUUUGGCAAAUGCUUAAAAGAUUCUGGCUCUCUGGUAAAAGUAGUGUACUGGGGGAGUUUUGCCCUGGCAGAAAACAGUUUGAUUACCUACAAUGUUGCAUAGAGUGUUCCUUUAAAUAUAUUGAUCUACAAAUGUCUAUUCUCAAAUAUUUUUAAACUGGAAGGAUACAUGUUUUUAAUGUGUAUAUUCUCAUACAAAAGUGCAUGUGUGUGAAUAUAUUAUGGCUUAUUAGAGGAACAUUACAGCCCACUGUAGGGGCUAUGGUGCCAGGAGUGACUUGAUGUCAUUCCAGAGUAAGCAGUCUUUUGCAUAUGGUUUGAUUAUUCGCCUACUCACUUCACUACCUAAACCACUUCUGAUCUUCUGCAGUAGAGGCUGGAUGUUUCUAGAGCAGUGUUUCUUAAACCAGUCCUCGUUGCCCACCAACAGUCCAUGUUUUUGUCAGUAUCUCCAUUGGAAUGAACAAGGGAAUUACAGAAAUCCUCAAUUGUGGACCGUGAGGAUUGUUUGGCAACCACUGCUCUAGACUGAAGCAUGGUUUAGCUGCCACUCUUGGCCAGUGAGUGUAGUCCUUUAUUUUCCUACUUAGUGCAGUAGCGCCAACAAUAUUUUCCUCUGGAGAAGACCACGAGCAGUUCCUGCAGAUGUCUGGUGGGCCCCAGGCAAGUUGUCAAACCAUACUAAAAUGGUUUGACUGCUUACUGGUACCAGGUACUACAGCAGCAGUGUUCCUUUAAACCAAAAUUGUAUGGAGGUAGAGGGUUUUUAUUCUUUCCUCCUGCUCACCAUACUUGCUUGCCUGUGGCAGUCAAUAUUUUUUGUUCAGAUAUCCAGUCCACUAGUGCGCUCGCUCUCUCUCUCUCUCUCAUAUGUGGCUGUCUCCGCUUUACAGGCCCAGUAUGGAACAAGGAAGGUACAAGCUAUUCAUGGUGCCUUGAUCUUAUUCUUCUAUGAGAUGUGUGUUGUGUAGUUUGAAAUCUAAUUAUUCCAGGAACCAUCCUAUACCUAUCACAAAACCAGGUCUUGUGAUAGACUUCCUCAUGACGUAGAUUUAUUGGAUGAUGCUUCUGCCUCAAUACAUAAUGUGAAGUCCGCUGGGAACUAUGUUGAGGUGCUUUAGCAAUUCAAUCUCUAGUUGUUCAUGUUGGCCUUUGUAGUCUGGCAUGGGGGUUAUAUCAUCCCUCCAUUCUUUUUAUAGUGUUCAACGUCUUCAUAAAUAUGUUAGUUUCAAAAUGAACCCAGCAUUAAAAUUCAAGAAUGCUCAAAAGUAAUAUUUCCAUUUGGUUAUACACAUCCAUCACAAUACUGUCAUACUACAAAUUAACAUUUUAUUGUAAUAAAUUUUAAAACCUUGCUACACAUACAACUUGUAACCAUUUAUUGUACUAAUAUAGCUUUCUCUUACUGUAUAUUGCAUUGAAUUAUAAAUCAUUGUUUUUGAUGGUUUGUAUUUAAAUUUUAAAGAGGCUCCCUCUUAUUAGUUUUUUAUGUUUGACCAUCACUCUAACAUCAUUUGCUUUUUUGUAUAUUAUCAGAUUUUUAAAAAAAAUUUAAUUCUAUAUAUCUAUAUCUUGACCACAUUUUAUGUACUGAAGUACUUACUGAUUUGUAGGUUUGAGUAUGUUCUAUCUAAUACUCUGCUUUAAGCCCUGUAUGUUUUAAGUACUUAUUUGACACUACACUAUUAUGCUUACUCAUUAUUUCUAUUCACAGCUUACUGUUUAGUCGAUGGGAACAUAUUGAAUGAUCCCUAUUACUACCUCUAGUAACUACUUUGCUUCUGCUUUCAAAGGCCACUGCUCAACUUGCUCCCCUCUUCCCCAGUACACUGUAUUGAUAAAACCUCACCUCUUCCUGCUAGGAAACAGGGCUUCACUUGACAUUUUUUUUUGCUGUACACACUAUAUUACUCGUCACUAGAGGCAUUUCGUCCAUCUUCAUUCAGUCUUGAGGGGCAAAAAAAAAGUUACAUUCAAACGUGCCACAUGUCAUAAUUAUUCCUGUAAAUAUUACCGGUUGUAGGUAAUAUAUCAAUCUCUGAUUGAAAAGAAAAAAGAAAUGUCAGCAGGGGACUCUAGACACUAUAACUGGUUCAAUGAGAUGAAGCCGAUACAGUGUACCUUUUUAAAGUGCACACCCCAUGUUUUGGACACCUAUCCAUGUUGUGGUUUUUGCACUUCAAAGUCUUUUUAGUUUUGCUUAAAGGGAAAAAUUAAAGUUUCAGCUUUCUAUGACAUAACCCUUUCACGUCAGUGUGCUGCUAGUUUCUAGGCCAUUAAUGUAUAAUGCUGAAUAACAACUGUUUAGCUCCAAAGGUAUGACCUAUCUCAUAAUUUCGCAAGACCGGAACACUUUAUCUAUUCAAUUUAUCUGCACUUGUGCUAAUUGCGUAAUAAACUUGUUUUAGCUUUUUUUUCCACCCUCUCUACAGGGCUAGGGUUGAUUAAACUAUGUAUGCUCUUCACAAUAUUUUUACCAGUAAACCCUAUGGCAACUAAAUAUUAGCUCUCACCCCUAUUGCCAUUUAACCCAUUAACAUUAGAAUAGCACCGUCAAAUUGUACAUGGCAGGUAUCAAACUUCAUAUGAUACAAUUGACAUUCUACUGUUUUAGAGCUAUGUGCAAGGGUUGGACACAUUACAAAAGCUCGCUGAAUUUCUCACCACUUCUCCAUUCAAACAUAGCGCAAUAUUCCUGGCUUCUUAUCGUUUUCUUUUUUUUUUUUAACCCUGAGCCUUUACAACUUGCACGGAAUAGGAUUUCAUAACUUACUUGGGUUAUAAUCCAUCACGUCUUAAGAUAUUCAUUCAAAGUGUAUUGUACAAGCCUAUGAACUAUUGGAAGUAAUUUUGCCACAGCUUUCAGACUAAACGCAAGUUAAAUAGGCUUUCACACUAUAACAUGUAUUAUGUGUACUGUACCAGUUUAUUAAAUAACCUUACCUUAUCAACGUUCACACACAUGCUCUUACAGGCCUUCAUUUUAUCUUCCUUAUACUCCUUUUUUUUUUUAUAUAUAUCUUCAACACCCUUUCUCAAGAAACCUAAACCUCAAAUGCAAACCUAAUUAAGUCUGUAAGAGGGUUUAUGUGUAUAUCUGCUUGCCCUCUACCACAGCACACGCUGACCUAUUGCCCAACACUAUCUCUUUUUUUAUUUUUUAUUUUUUUUAUUUCCCCUACCACUCCCCCAAUUAUUCCGAUUUUAAUAGACUAAGACUCAUUCUACACUUCUUCCAAGUGCUUGUCACACAACCAUUUAUUUGGCCAGAGAGGGGCUUCUUCCUACUAUCUCCAUUGUGUUCUGUUUCCCACUUUUGGAGACCUCUACCACUUGUGAUUACUAAGCACAUCCUAGAGUGCUUUUAAGUUGACUUUUCCAAAUGCGGUUUCAUUCCCCUCUCUCGUCAAGCCCAGUGUAACUGGCAUUAUUUUGUUAUAAUGGGUGGUGUUUGAUUUUCCUGUUGUAUCCCACUGUCUCUCAACUUUGAAGCAGUAUAAUUAUAUACAUUAUUCUCUGUAUACGGAACUGCCCUCACAAAGCCGCAAAGGAAAUGCUAGAUGGGGUGUGCAAUAGGCAUAGCCGCUAUAUCCCCAGCAACCUACGUUUAGCAACCAGCAGUAAAGUGAUCCGAGAAUGGAGCUUUAGGUAGGAUUUUUAGUUUAUAUUUAUUAUUAACACAACCAUUAUCUUUUCAGUUUCUUAGUUGGUUGUUUGUGUUUUUAUUCAAAUACAAUGAAUUCUUAAUAUUGGACACUAUGCAAUCAUAACAUAGCAGUGGAAGGUGGGCUUGGGGCUGUUUGAUACAGACCUAUGUCUGGCUCUACCAUUGUGGUGUUUGCAGGAAGGUUGAAAUACAAUUACAAAGAAGUGUGCAAUGAUAUACUGAAAUCCCCAUGGGUGGGUGAAGGGAGAUAACUCACAAGUUUACCUGUGUUAAUGUUUAUUUGUAAUUAAGGCCCGCUGUAGAUGAGAGGCUGCUUAUGCUUGUAUGUGAAUGCUUUAUUAUCCUUAAACACACUAUGUGAGGAAGUAGCCUAUGCAAUGUGGCUACCAUAUAUACAUUAUACAUUUAAAAUGUUCACAUAUGCAGUUGUAUACAUGGUUUUAUUGGAGGACUAAGAAAAUUAAUCUCUAAAUUGACUAGUUGCCUGACUACUACUGUAGAUGUCACUGCUAGCUCUUUUUUUAUCUUAUAUUAUUUGGGAACGUACACUGAACAAAAUUAUAAACGCAACAUUUGUUUUUGCCCCCAUUUUUCAUGAGCUGAACUCAAAGAUUUAAGACUCUUUCUAUGUACACAAAAGGCCUAUUUCUCUCAAAUAUGUGUUAGUGAGCACUUCUCCUUUGCCGAGAUAUCCAUCCACCUCACAGGUGUGGCAGAUCAAGUUGUUGAUUAGACAGUAUGAUUGCACAGGUGUGCCUUAGGCUGGCCACAAUAAAAGGCCACUCUAAAAUGUUUUAAUGUAUUGGGGGAGGGGGGGAAAGCAUUCAGUAUCAGGUGUGACCACCAUUUGCCUCAACCAGUGCAACACAUUACCUUUGCAUAGAGUUGAUCAGGUUCUUGAUUGUGGAAUGUUGGUCCACUCCUCUUCAAUGGCUGUGCGAAGUUGCAGGAUCUGGAACACGCUGUCGUAUAUGCCGAUCCAUAGCAUCUCAAACAUGUUCAAUGGGUGACAUGGCCUGUGAGUAUGCUGGCCAUGCAAGAACUAGGAUGUUUUCAGCUUCCAGGAAUUGUGUACAGAUCCUUGCAACGUGAGGCCGUACAUUAUCAUGCUGCAACAUGAGGUGAUGGUCGUGGAUGAAUGGCACAACAAUGGGCCUCAGGAUCUCGUCACGGUAUCUCUGUGCAUUCAAAAUGACAUCAAUAAAAUGCACCUGUGUUCGUUGUCCAUAACAUACGCCUGCCCAUAACAUAACUCCACCGCCACCAUGGGCCACUCGAUCCACAAUUUUAGAGUGGCCUUUUAUUGUGGCCAGCCUACGGCACACCUGUGCAAUAAUCAUGCUGUCUAAUCAGCAUCUUGAUAGGCCACACCUGUGAGGUGGAUGGAUUAUCUCGGCAAAGGAGAAGUGCUCACUAACACAGAUUUAGACAUUUGUGAGAAAUAGGCCUUUUGUGUACGUAGAAAAGUUUUAGAUCUUUGAUUGCAGCUCAUGAAAAAUGGGGGCAAAAACAAAAGUUGCGUUUAUAAUUUUGUUUAGUGUAUAAAUAUUCUUGUUUUCACUUUCACUGUGUGUGACAUCUUUGUGAUGGCUGCUUUACAAAAUUGAUAUAAUCCUAUCUGUUUAGAAUCACAUGGCAAAUUACUCACGACUCCUUUCCGGUUCUAGUAUACAUCUUGAACAAAAAGAACACCAUGUUUAGUUAAGGCAAGUGUUGGAACUACAAAGCUUGAGAAAGAUUGGUGUGAACCAGGUACUUUUUGCAGUAAAACCUGGGUUUCAGUGCAGUAGCUGUGCUACAGUAUUAAUAUGGGGAGUAAUAUAUUACUGUAAACAAGCCCAAUAGAGAUGCAUGCCUAGUAGUAUUUCAUUUCUGGUAUGCCAAUAAAUUUUAAUUAUCUGCAGGCUAUGUUGUCAAGUAAUAAUUUAAAAAAAUUUGCAAUUGAAAUUGGUCUGAGUUUUGUCGUUUCUGGUGCAUAGUAAAUGAAGAUAUUCAGAUAUGAACAAUUUGACAAUCAUAUGUAAAAAUGAAGUGGUUAAAAAAUUGUAGGAAGGUGGUAAGCAUUUAUGUAAAAUAUCAGGAAUCAUAAGAACUGAGGAACGGAAC